AUGGACCCGAAUAUCCCGAUAUUGAGGCAUGCGGAGCUGUACUAUCCCGACGGGGAUAUCGUCCUCAGCGCGAAGCUCGAAACGGCAACACCUCUGACUCUCGUCGUCUUCCGUGUGGACAAGUUGUUUCUUUCGCGACAUUCUGAGGUCUUUCGAGGCAUGUUCGAGGUCGUUUCAGGUGAGAAAGCGCAAGAAAGCUAUGAUGGGGUCCCGGUGCUAUGCAUGCCAGACCGAGGCGAGGACCUUGCGAUGCUCAUCGAGGUUAUCUAUAGCCCCGUGUGCGUUUACCUGCCCCCUCAACUGGCCGCUCUUGUAGUAGGCCUCGCGGACAUCUCCAGGAAGUACAUGGUGGGGCAAAUCUGGGAAACCAUCGUGGGUAAAAUGAAGAGUCAAUGGCCGAUCACAUUAGAACUAUGGGACGCCCGCCGCACAUACAUACAAGCUGCUCAGGACCAGCACGAAUACGAGCAUUUCGAGCUCUUUGGCGCGAUGUUCCCGGAGCCGGCAUCGGCAGUCGCUUUCGCCUUGAAGCACGACGUGCCAUCCAUCCUUCCCUCUGCGUUUUACCAUCUUUCCUUCACUCGCCUAGAUCAUGAGUACGGCGAAUUCGAGCGCUAUGAAGGCGAUCGUGAUGGCGUGGAACACCUUCCCGCAGCGCGGUGGAGGCUCUUGGACGCAGAGACCCUGCGUCGAUUCCUGAUUGGGAAGGAGUAUCUCUUGCACAACUUCAAGAUGAGCCUUGACACCCUUCUGGAGGAAGCGUCAAUCCACUCGACCUUCCAGGCACGGCAUCCCCGCAACCAGGCUGGGAUGGACGGCAAAGCAAACUGCAGGCAGACAAUGCAGAUGAUGGAACGAAAUCUCAUGGGGGUUGUUCUAAACAAAAUCGACUUCGCGGACAUUGACUGCCUUGGUGCUCUGGAACAUUUGAAAUGCUAUGUGGCGGAGCGGGGAUUGUGCGAUGCAUGCAGAGUGCUACUAACGAAUUUACUUCAAAAACGGCGCAAGGAGAUUUGGGAGCGUCUUCCCGCAUGGUUUAACGUACAGCAAUAAAUACACAUGUUGCCAUUCUCUUUCACAUACAUCCUAUGGCGCGAUAUGUUUGGGGUGAGUAGUUGACAAACUACUUGAGCUUCCACUGUGCACGAGCUAGUGAAGAAAGUGUUCUUGUGGAGAGAUAAAAAGUGGAGUGCACAAGGUGGAGACCUUCCUACAAUGCGGCAUGAAACCAG